AUAGCCACGUACAAAACAAAUAACAUCAGACCAUGAGACUGACAUUUACAAAUUCGAAUCGAAAACUUGUCUUCUUAUUUACAGGGAUUAUAUAAACGUAAAAACCCGUUUAUCUCAAUUUAUCAAGUGUAACCUUUCAGUUACAUCCAACAAGGGAUCCAACUAUAUAAAUUGAAACGCACGUCCAGUUGGAAAACACAGUCUAUAAUUCCGACCAACUAAAGAAUGGCGCAUUUUUCUGUAGCGUCACUCACCCAAGUUGUUUUGUUGUUGGUUUUCAUCUGCUGGACGCCGAGUUCGACUGGCGCUGCCUUUUCCUUGGAGGAAGAAUUCCUACAACUGAAGGAAAAUUAUAUUCAAAUGAAACAAAUCGUGAAAAGUUUGGAAUCGACAGCGAUAGAACAGCAGACAAAAGUGAUACAACUGGAGGCCAAAGUGACACAACUGGAGACGCAAGGCGAACUAAAUAAUAAACUGAGACAAGAUUUGGCAUUGAAAGUAACUCAACUAGAAGCCAAAAAUGUCCAACUGGAAGUCAAAAUUGGAAAACUGGAGGCCAAAGUUGAACAACAAGAUUCGCUUUUGACUUCCCUUUUACGAGAGAAAAAUGAACGUACAGCAGCAGCAAGUGAUUAUGUUCCAAUUAGCAAUAAUCAAUCGGCUGUUGCCAUCAACGGACUGCCGUCUUCGUGCGGGGAUCUCAAAAUGAUGGGCCACAUUUGGAGCGGAUUUUAUUCCGUCAUGGGAUUGGCGAAAAUGGAAUCAGUUUACUGCGAUUUCUCUAAACUCCCUGACGAUGCGGGUUUUGAGAAAUGGAUCGGGUACGCCGACGUCAAAUCGGCGCCCGUCCAUUUCUACGUCCAGAGAAAUUCUUCGUUUGACAUAACUAACACUCCGAUUCCGUUCUCGAUGGCGUUGGUGAACGAGGGAAAUGCCAUGGAUUUGGCGUCUGGGAUAUUCACGGCACCGCGACCGGGAAUUUAUUUUUUCUCUUUCGCAGGAACGGCGCGUCUUUCUUCUUCAUCAUCUUAUGUUGGGUUUUAUUCUCAUCUUUAUUUGAACGGGAAUAUAAUCGGGUCGAGUUAUGAUCAAGAGACUUACGCCCCCGUUGAUCAAAGGAGUCCGUUGACCCUCCAGUCGACGCUGAAUUUGAAAAAAGGCGAUCGAGUCUGGGUAACAAUUGAUUAUUCUGGUUCAUCCUCGGCUUUGUGGGACAACAGUUUCGACCACUUGACCCAUUUCACGGGUUUCAUGUUGGAGGAGGAAAUUGCGGCGUCCCUUUGA